AUGUUUCCAAUACAUCAUAUAUAUUUAAGACCAUUAAUAGUAAUCAUCCUUGCCUCUGCAACAUUUAAACUAAGAGAAGCCUCUCCCCUUGCAUCAACUCUCAUGGCUUUCUCCUUUCUAAAGCUGCUUCUCCUCCUCAUCUCCCCAUUCUUCUUCACUUCUACACGGGCUCUCAACACCUCCUUUACAACUUCUCUUGACACCCAUCUCUUUACCAUAAGAACUUUUUGCAAUAGCAGACCAUAUCCAGAUGCCUGCUUUAACUCGUUAAAGCUCUCCAUCUCAAUAAACAUCAGUCCAAACAUCAUCAACUUGCUCCUCCAAACCCUCCAAACUGCGAUAUCCGAGGCCGGAAAACUAACCUAUCUAUUCUCAACUGCUGUUGGCUCAAACAUCAUUGAAAGACAAAGAGGAACGAUCCAAGAUUGCCGAGAACUCCAUCAAAUCACACUCGCAUCUUUACAAAGAUCCGUUUCAAGAAUCCGUGCAGGUGAUUCUCGUAAACUAGUUGAUGGAAGAGCCUAUCUUAGCGCAGCACUCACCAAUAAGAACACUUGCUUAGAAGGCCUAGAUUCUGCUUCGGGUCCUUUAAAGCCUGCUAUAUUGAAUAGCUUGACCAGUACAUAUCAACAUGUCAGCAACUCGCUUUCAAUGCUUCCUAAGCCAAAACACAGCAAGCAGCAGGAUCAUAAAAACCGUCGCCUUUUAGGAUUUCCAAAAUGGAUGUCCAAGAAGGAUCGUCAAAUUUUGCAAAGUGAUGAUGAGUAUGACACUAGUGAAGAGCUUAUAGUAGCUACAGAUGGAACUGGAAAUUUUAGUACCAUCACUGAUGCUAUAAACUUUGCUCCAAAUAAUAGUUAUGAUAGAAUAAUCAUUCGUGUUAGAGAAGGAGUGUAUGAGGAGAAUGUGGAAAUCCCAAGUUACAAAACCAACAUUGUUCUACUUGGAGAUGGAACUGAUUUCACUUUCAUUUCUGGUAGCAGAAGUGUGGGUGAUGGUUGGACUACUUUCAGAUCUGCAACUCUUGGUAAGUAUCAAAAUCUUUUCAAGUUUACCCUUCAUUUGUCUCUUCGGUGA